UCACUGGGCCACAGGGUCGGCCCCAGUCGUAGCCAUUUUUAAGGGUACAGUUGAGUGGUGUUAAGUACAUUCACAUCGUCGUGAAGCAGAUUUCCAGACCUUUUUCAUCUCUCAGAUCUAAAGGUCUGUACUCAUUCCAGUUUUUCAGUCCAGCGCUUGGUCCAGGGAAGAACAGUCGUACAUGCUUCCUUUCUUCAGUGUUGGACCUUUGCUCCAUUUUCUGUGCACAUUUCACAUAAGCUUUAGAAAACUUGCCUACCAUCCUUGCUUGCUUCUAGCUCCUUCUCCUCUGUUCCCAUCGUUCAGAAACAUUGAUUUCAUUUCUCUUCCUCUUUCGUAAACGUAUUUUCAACCUUUAAUUGUCCAUAUUUGUUUCUCUGCUUUUAUUAAUCAUUUAUUCAUUUCAUAAACAUUUAUUCAGCAAUCACCAUGGGCCAAGAACUAUUCUAGAGGCUGAGAUACAGCUAGGACCAGAGCUGACAUGGUAGUGUUUGCCAGCUCUGUCACAUUUCCCCAGGUAUUUUUCCUUCAGCAUUGCCUGUAUAGUCUCUGUCUUAUCUUUUCAACCCUUUUAUCUUUGCUAAUUACUUAUUGCUAUGAUUUUUCCAUUCCAUGUAAAAAAACAUAAUACGCCCUGAAACUGCUGUCUUUCGGACCUAAAAGUUUGCUUAUUCCAUGAAGAUAUGACGUCCAUCUAAUUUACUCCUCACAUUGUGCUUUUCCCUUAUGAAUCUCCAGCAUUGAGGCUCUUCCUGAGUGCCGUGGUUUAGCUCACACCGUUUCUGGGCUGUGCGCAUGUUACCUCCCUCCGUCCCUUCCUUCGAUCUCAUAGAAGGUUAAGAGGAUGUAGGAAGCUAUCAACUCAGCAGUUGUCAGUUUUUGGCCCUAUGCUAGAGCCUGUUUCAACUUACACUUGUUGUGUAGACCUCUCAGAAAGAUCUGACCACUAUUUCUUUAGAACACGCUUUCCAAAAGCAAGAAUUCGCACAUGACAGCCUAGAUGUGGGAAUGAUAAUGGGCUCACAUGUACUAUUUGAGAUCACACAGUCUGGCUCCAUAGGUUACGAGGCUCAUAGUGAAUGCAGUUGAAUUCAGGUGCCUGGUGUAAUGCACAAAUCACGUAAGCGGGUUUACCUCACAGUAGAGUUGCAGGGUUUUCUAUGUGCAAAGCAUUUCAAGCUGGAAUCUGAAGGUCUGAGUUUUAAAUUGAGUUCUGUCCCUUCAUGAACCGUGGAGGCCGCUUAGCUUCUUCUUGUGAAAUAAGAGUAAUAGUUCUGACCAGCCUGCUAUCAAGCAAGCUGAUGGCUGGGAAAGCACUUCAGAUAUUGGGAGUAUUCCACAGCGGGAAGGACCAUCUUAAUUGCUGUCAUCUGUUACUGUUCGCCAGGGACUCCUUAAUGUUUUAGUGGAUUAACUGAUUUAAUUUUCACAAAAACCUUGUAAGGUGUAGAUACUGUCGUUAUUUCCAGUUGACAGAUAAGGUAACUGGUGGUUCGGGUCUGCUGAGAAGCAGAUGCCAAGAUGGGCUUAGCUGCCAGGAGACUUUCUGGGGGAGGGCGUGGAAGAGGGUGAGCGGAGCCCUCAGCCCACAGUGGGCGGGCGUCUCACACCUGUGGGAGGAGCGAGGAGGAGAGAGGACUAGUGAGGAGGAGUCUUGGCCUGUGGUACAGCUUUGCCAGGCAGCCAAAGGGAAGUCUGAGCCACAGUCGGGCAUCGAGGAGUCCUGCGUCUCCACAGAACCUGCUGCCUCGGCCCGCUCUGUGCACAGCCACGGGCUGGGAGCCUGCCGUCAGUUAUGCCCCUUCUCAGCCCCACGGCCACUGAGAGCUGAGUGGCUCCGCAGGUCACACGGCCGAGAAGUGGCGAGCCGGCUUUCCUUGGCGGUGUGAACGCAGAGCGCCUGCUCCUCCCGAUGCACGACUGCCCGUGACUUCACUCAAGAGCAGAACUGUCCUCAGACGAAGGCGCGUGUGAAAGGGGCCCGAGGUGCGUUCCUGUCCACGAAGGUCGUCCCCACGGCUCAGGCUGUGUCUGAAACAGCCUUGCCUUGGCCUCGUUCCCCUGUGAGUGUAGCCUUUCCUGAAGCGGUUUCUGUGGGAACACUGUAGCCGCCUUACAGUGGUUAAUUCCUGAAGCUUUGUCGAGUUGUUCUUUCCUUUAUUUCUCUCAGAGAUGUAAGAAUCGUCUUCUUUCCAAAUUCUGGGACUGUGGCUUUCAUAGUUUUAUGAAUUAUAAUGGUUUGACCAUUGGUCUCUUGACUUUUAAAUUGGAGUAUUUUUUUUAAAUCAUGUACGCUUUCCUGGAUCAUUCCAAGCCCGUUGUCUGAUUCUCCCUAUGGUCCUUCCUUAGAAGUCCAAAGACCUGGCCCAUACUCAGUAUUUUGGUUCUUCAGAAUUCUCGUCGCUUGUGCUCCUUCAAUGUAUACUUUUUCAACAUCUCCUUGGUUUUAAACGUUUCCUUGGUUUCUGUCACCGAGGAGUUCUCUCUCCAGUGAACAAAGGCCCAGAGGACAUGCAGGGAGCUCUGCUCAGAGGAGCUGCUGAUGGUCGGCAGACGCCGGGGCCGGGGUCAGCCCCUCGUUUGCCCUAAGAUGUAAACACUUCUGAAUGACCACCUCUCGAGUCAAUAAAAUUCAUGAAAAAAUCAAUGAAAUCGAGGCAAACUGUGCGAGAGUUGUGAGAAAGCGUUGUUGAUGACCCUUCAGCUGGGACGGCCUCCCGGAGGCUCGUGUGCCGCAGCCGCGCAGUACGACUAUGCUCCUGCGAAGUCCUUUUUCUGCCGCAUCCGUGGAGGUGAAGACAGCAAGCAGGAGAAGCGUUACUCCCCAUUCCAGAUCCUCCCCUAUUUGAUUCAUGUGCACAGCCCUGCCCAGCUGGAAUCUGAGCCCUGCUGUCUCAUGCUGGUCGAGAAGGUUCACUCUGGCUACGAAGCUCCCCGAAUCCCAGUGGAUAAAAGGAUUUUUACCACAACACACAGCCCAGGGUGUGUUUUUCUUGAAAUAGACGAAAGAGCCGUGCCUUUGCUGGGUUAUCUACCUCAGGAUUUGAUUGGAACAUCUGUCUUAACGUAUUUGCACCCAGAAGACCGCUCUCUCAUGGUCGCCAUACACCAGAAAGUCUUGAAGUAUGCAGGCCAUCCUCCCUUUGAACAUUCACCCAUUAGAUUUUGUACUCAAAAUGGAGAUUACAUCAUAUUGGAUUCCAGCUGGUCCAGCUUUGUGAACCCAUGGAGCCGGAAGGUCUCUUUCAUCAUUGGUCGGCAUAAAGUUCGAACGAGUCCACUAAAUGAGGAUGUUUUUGCUACCAGAAUAAAAAAGAUGAACAGUAAUGACAAAGACAUAACAGAAUUACAAGAACAAAUUCACAAACUUCUCUUACAGCCGGUUCAUGUGAGCGCCUCCAGUGGCUACGAAAGCCUGGGAAGCAGUGGCUCACAGGAGUACCACCUCAGCGCAGCAUCUUCCAGCGAGUCCAGCGGGCACUGCGUGGAGGAGGCACAGAAGGAACCAUUGACUUUGCAGCAGGUGUAUGCCAGUGUAAACAAGAUCAAGAAUCUAGGUCAGCAGCUCUACAUUGAGUCAAUGACCAGAUCACCAGAUAAGCAAGUGAUGGGCACACGCGUGGGCCAGCUUGGAGAUGAGCAGAAGGCCUUUUCUUCUUUCCGGACAUUGAAAAAUAAUAGCGUGUACACUGAGUCUUGUGAGGAUUUGAGAAAAGAUCAGCAUAGCCCAUCCUAUCAGCAGAUAAGCUGUAUUGAUAGUGUUAUCAGAUACCUGAAGAGCUACAACAUUCCAGCUUUGAAAAGAAAGUGUAUAUCCUGUGCAAACACAACUUCUUCAUCCUCAGAAGAAGACAGAGAAAACCACCAGGCAGAUGAUGUCCAAGCAUCGCAAGCUGUUUCUCAGAUCCCAGCCAUACCUAAAUCAGAAAUGCCCACCAGUGGACGGUGCACAGACACUGAAGCGGGAGCUCCCCAGACCCUGUCCGCGGCGGCGCUGGGCCUGGGCUCUGGCAUCAGCCAGUGCAGUUACAGCAGUGCCAUCAUCCACGUCCCACCCCUAGAGUCAGCAGAAUUGACUCCGGCAGAGGAUGCCCCCCAAGCGCUUGAGCCCUGGACCCUAAGCACCCACCCGGCUCCACUCACCUCGGAGGAACGUAGGCACGGGGGGCUCACACAGGCAGUCCUGUCAGCCCACACACAGAAGGAAGAGCAGAACUAUGUUGAUAAGUUCCGGGAAAAGAUGCUGUCCUCACCCUACAGCUCCUAUCUUCAGCAAGAAAGUGGAAGCAAAGCUCAAUAUUCACAUGUUCAAGGAGAUUCGACUUCCAGGCAGACCCGGUCAGCCGGUUGCCGGAAGGGGAAGCACAAGUGGAAGAAGCUGCCUGUGCCGUCAGACGGCAGAAGCUCCAAGGACACCUUCUGUCCCCACUGCAGAGGAGAGGUCCAGAACGUUCAGCCCCACUGCCCCGCCCCUGCCUUGCCUCCUCCCGCCACCGGCCUGUCCUUCCCAGCUGCAGUGAUGGUUCCCGGCCAGGCCCCUUAUCUCAUACCAGCUUUCCCCCUCCCAGCCGUGAGCCCUCUGGGAAGAGAACACACAGCAUUGGGUGCUGCACUGGAGUGUCUCCCUAAGCCGCUUCUGUCCAGCAGCUCGCAGUCUGUUCCAGCUCUCCCUUCUCCUCACUUAGACACUUUCUUGACCAUUUUCCUGCAUGACCCCCCUAUGUGUCCUCUGUUGUCACCAUCAUUCUCCCCAUAUCCACUUUUGGGAGCAACAGGCUUUUCUGAAAUACCAUCCUCAGUAUCAGCAAUGGCUCCAAACCUGGAACCACCGUCUUCAGUCGUCAGCCAAAGGAGAGAUGAGGAGAAAUGGGAGACACAGAGUGAAGAGCACCCAUUCCUUAGCUCAAGGAGCAGCUCCCCACUGCAGCUAGACUUACUGCAGGAAGCCCUGUCCAGAUCCUGGGAGUUUUCAGACCCGACGAGAAGGGAUGUUUGCCCAGAAGCUGAGUAUCAGAGUGUUACAGGCAGCAGUGGGAAUAGCAACAGUCAUUUUAUGGCCGGUGAGCUGUCCAUGGUGUUACUCCGCCAGGAGUCUCCGUCUGGAACUGGUUCUGCAGCAUCAGGAAGCAGUGACAGCAGUAUAUACUUUGCUACGAGUGAUUUUUCUUCUGAAAUCACCCCAAAUGGGCAGCAAUCUCAGGAUUGCUCUCAGAGAAAAGAAACACUUCCCGCUGUAGCUGAAGAGUCCAUCUGGAGAAUGAUAGAGCGAACCCCUGAGUGCGUUCUGAUGACAUACCAGGUACCGGAAAGGGUUAAAGAAAUUGUACUGAAAGAAGACCUAGCAAAGCUAGAAAGCAUGAGGCGACAGCAGCCGCAGUUUUCUCACGGACAGAGGGAGGAGCUGGCCCAGGUGCAUUCCUGGGUUCAGAGCCAGACUGUCCCUCAAGACAUAGACAUCCGGGGCUGUGUCACUUGCACAAACAAGGGGUCACUUGGUGAUGCUACAGAAUCCUGUGGUCAGGAUGCGUCAGAAGACACCAGUUGAGUGACUAUGGAGAUGGACCUGCAGAUGCUUUCCAGGGCCUGCUGGACAGCUAGACUUCUUUGUAUAUUUCUUUAAACCCCUGACUUUUAAGCGACCAUGAAGUUGUCAUUGAAUGUUAAGGUUUUUCCUUCUUGACUUUUUAAUAGACCUCGUUUUUUUGAAGCAUAUGUCGUAUAUAAAAUCUGCUUCUCUCUUUGUCCACGGUAUAUUAAAACUGUCAUUUAGGCUCUUCUUCUAGUUUAACUGUCUUUUAAAGAGAUCAGAUGGCCUCUAAAGAGGUAUGUGUGUACAGCAAAAUGAAUUAUCACCCAAAAUAAAUUAUAUUUAGAAAUGUUUGUGAGGAGCCCCAAACCUUAGCCUCCUUUACUAUGUUCUGUUGUAGCAUAAAUCAUUUUGCCCGGUAAAGUACCUGAGGAAAUCCCACCCACAGGCCAUACACUUUUCCUAGUGAUUCCAUAACUUAGUACUUUCAUCUGGUCUUUGCACAGCUGGAUGCUGCCCCUCCUUGCUUAAGAUCAGACAGUCCAGGUUUCUCACAACACAAGUCACUUUCAUAUUUACCAAUAUUAAAAUAUAUUGCCCUUUGGUAUACUGGACGCACCUGGUUCUUAGGGUUGAAUAUGGACCUUCAUUAUUGUAGAUGCCUUUCCCUUUGAUUUUCCACCUUCCACUGAAACUCUGAAAGUCUUACCUUAAAAGUCAGUCACCUUGCAAUGGGCUCAUCCCUUGGACAGUUUAAAUGAGCGUUUGCAUGUGUAAUAUUAAAACAAAAGACCAUCUAACUCAACCAGCGGUAUUUCCCUUUUUAAUGUUUUUGUUUUUAAAAUAAUGAUUAUAAAAGUUUCAAAAGUCAUGUAAAAAUUAAUAUUGUUCUUAUAUCCAUAUAUGUUUAAAUGUUGUCUUGCCAAAACUAGCAUUUAACUUUUUCUUUCCAACCAAUUUACAUGAAAGAGGCCUCUUCGUCCCUGCCAGAGGGCUGACGGGCACGGCCUCUGUCUGCCCCUGAGCAGGGUGAGUGGUGAGGGCUGCGCAGUGAGAAGAGGGUCCUGGGAGCUCUGCAGCCCUAGCCCAGGGGCAGGGUCUGCCCAGGUCACUGCUUCCAACAAGAGUGAGGAGGUGUUUACUUGAGAAGUCAGCUCCCCUUUCUGUAGAGAAGAUUCCUUCUCAAACUGGGAACGACAGACACGGUUCACACUCAUGCAGAUCAGAAAAAGGAAUGGAAGAAAAGGAAGGUUACAGUAACCUUUUAUCUUUUAUAUGACAUGCAACAAACUAACUUAUUUUUAUUUUGUUGUUGUUUUUUUGUUUUGUUUUAGGAAACACUUCCUCCUUGCAAGUUUUAUAGCUUUUUAUAAAAAUGCGUUCUGAUAAUAAUUAAGAGAAUCGACAUUCUUAUCCAUGAUGACUGUGGGCCCCUGACUCUCAAUCCCUGUAGCUUAGAUUUCCUUUCUGAAGUAGCAGUUUCCUGGAAAGUGAUUCUCUCUGAAGAACCAUUUUCUCUCUGAACCAUUUUCAGAUGCUGCCUAUGACAUUUCUUGGAAUUUUCUAAUACUAAGCAGUUCCAGGCACAUGUUCCUGUUUUGUGAAUGGAGAACUCUCAUAUUCUCCUCCAUCUUGACUGUUCAGUGAUUUCUGAUGCUUUUCUUGUGUUGGUCAAGUCAUGUGGUAUUUUUGCUCUUGAUGAAAAAUCAGAUUUUAAAGAACUAACCAGCCUGGAUAUUGUCCAUCAGUGUAAUCACUGUGACUAUCUGUAGUGAUCAAGUUUUUAAUUUCUGUAAAUCAGAAAUGACAUACAGCUAUCAAAGGGUCAUUCUGCAUUCCCGUUGGCAUAUUUUAAGCCUCAUAUUCUCCAAUAAUGUUUCUUUUCCAUUCUUUCUGGAUAUUUGUCUUUUCUAAAUUUGUUUGUUUCUUUGCCUUAGUACACAUCUUAUGGAGUGUAUGUUAUACUAGGCUUGAUUUGAAACUGGUGCUUGUUGUAGGCAGGCCUGUAAAGCUGUUUAUGACUCUCAUGUGUUGGUAAGUAGAUCGUUGGUGUGUUUGGAGGUUGGACGCAAUGCUCCUGCUGCUGACAGUGACCAGAGGAAGUCAGCAGUGACGCGGCCGCCCCCACGGGGCCCCACCUGAUUGUAAACUUCGCUGUUCGAGUUUAUUAACUUUUUGUAUUAAUGACGAUAGAAAUUGAUAAUAAAAAUGUAUAUUAUUGGCUUCAGUGUUUACAUAAAUGUUACCCAAAGGCUGUAUUUUCUGGGAUAUGAGGUUAGGAUUUAUGAAAAACAAAAGCUAUAUGAAUUGAAUCAUUUUGCAAUUAAGUGAAACUUCGUUAUAAUUCACAAGGUAAAUUUAAUCCAAAUUGAAAUUUUGUUUCAACUGAAUUUAUAAUUGUGCGAAUUUACUUGUUUUUAAUGGUUAUUAAUAUUUUAAUCGGGUGUCUUUUUUAAGGAAAAACAAUAAAUAAGCUGUAUAUGUAAAACUUGA